GUAUCGAUACGGGCAUGAAAGCCCAAGUUUUAUGAAUUGCAGAAUGUGCUGCUAACAGCUAACCCUCUUAAACCCUAACACUAGAAGGAAUCAAAGAAAAUCCCCAAUUUUGGUGUAGAAAAUUGAUUCAAUUUGAGAAAUGGAGCUCGAUGCCAAGAGUAAUGGUAGAAAAGUGAAAUCAGAAAGCAAGAAUUCUUCGGAGGUUUUCGCUUCCUGUUCAUUCUCCAGUCUCGGCCUCCACCCCGCGUUAUGCGACCAACUCAAAGAGAGGCUGGGGUUCGAGGGCCCGACGCUGGUUCAAGCGCAGGCGAUUCCCGUCGUACUAUCCGGCCGACACGUGCUUGUAAAUGCCGCUACCGGCACUGGAAAAACAGUGGCCUAUCUGGCUCCAAUAAUUCAUAUGCUGCAGAGUUAUGAUGAAAGAAUUGAGCGUGCAGAUGGCACUUUUGCGUUGGUCCUUGUACCAACGCGCGAAUUAUGCAUGCAGGUAUAUGAGAUUUUGCAGAAGUUGCUACACCGUUUUCAUUGGAUUGUUCCUGGCUAUAUCAUGGGUGGGGAAAAUCGGGGAAAGGAGAAAGCUAGGUUAAGGAAAGGUGUAUCUAUUCUUGUUGCAACUGCUGGACGUCUAUUGGACCACUUGAAGAAUACUUCAUCUUUUGUGCACAAAAAUCUUCGCUGGAUAAUAUUUGAUGAAGCUGAUAGGAUUCUAGAACUAGGGUAUGGCAAAGAUAUCGAAGAGAUACUUAAUUGUUUGGGCACAGGAAACCUUAAAUCUGGCAGCAAGGAUAUUUCAGCUGUGAAUCCUGAAGUUCAGAAGCAGAAUUUGCUUUUAUCGGCUACAUUGAAUGAUAAAGUAAAUCAUCUUGCGAAUGUUAGUCUUGAAAAUCCAGUGAUGAUUGGUCUUGAUGAUAAUAUGUCAGGAAGUAGAACUCGUAAUGUUUCUCUUGAAUCAAAUGGGGUUGAUAUAGUAAAAGAAUCCAAAAAAACCUUAGAUGCUUCAAAUGAGGAAUACAAACUUCCGACUCAGUUAGUACAGAAGUACAUUAAAGUGCCAUGUGGUUCUCGGCUUGUGGUGCUUCUUUCCGUAUUGAAGCAUCUCUUUGAGAUAGGAGCUUCACAAAAGGUUGUGGUGUUUUUUUCAACUUGUGAUGCUGUUGAUUUCCAUUAUUCUCUACUUAGCGAAUUUAAAUGGACCGCUAUGUUACAAACAAAGACAGAAGUUAGUCAGAAAUUUUUGGGAUGCAAAAUGUUGCGGCUGCAUGGCAACAUGAAUCAUGAGGAUCGUAAAACAACAUUCCAGGCAUUCAAAACAGAUAAAUCAGCUCUUCUGUUCUCUACAGAUGUUUCUGCUAGAGGCCUGGAUUUCCCCAAAGUCAGAUGCAUUAUCCAAUAUGAUUCUCCAGGCGAGGCUACUGAGUAUGUUCACAGGGUUGGGAGAACUGCCAGGUUGGGCGAGAAGGGGGAUUCUUUACUUUUCUUACAACCAACUGAAAUAGAUUAUUUGAAAGAUCUGGAAAAACACGGGGUGACGCUGACAGAGUAUCCCGUCCUAAAAUUACUGAGUAGCUUUCCCAUGUUCAGUAUGAAGCAGCCAGCCAGCAAGUUUAUUUCAAUAGAGAUGCACCCGUUGUUGCUUGCUUUGCAGAGAGCAUUAGAGUCCUAUGUUUCAGUGGAGUCGAAGAUAAAUAAAUUAGCCAAGGAGGCAUUUUCAUCAUGGGUUCGUGCAUACACUGCCCAUCGUGGUGAGCUGAAACAGAUCUUUAUGGUCAAGAAACUUCAUUUGGGGCACGUGGCCAAAAGUUUUGCAUUGAAAGAUCAGCCUUCGUUGGUCAACAGAUCAAUCCAGAAACAACUAAAGAAAAGGAAGAGGAAUGAUAACCGGAACGAUAAACAGAAAGUGAAAUCAAAGAAGAGGGCUAUAAGUAAAUCUUGACUUCUCAAUGCUGUGGAUAGGGAAACCCCUAUCUCCCCUUUUGCUCGUCAGUAUGUAGGUAAGAUGUGCAGUCAUCAAGCGGCUCAAAGAGGAUGCCAUUGAGCCGUGGGUUAAAGUGGCUAUGGAGGAGAGACUUCCUCUGAAGCGUAAUUCUCUCUGAACGACAACUCCCGAUUUGUGCUGAUGAAGUCGGCUUCGUGAUCCGUCGUAUUUUGGGCGAGAAUUGCAUAAUUAUAUAGGUGAGGAUAUGAAAAUAUGCAAGGCUGAGGUCCAAGUUGAAAGGCUCAGCUUGAAGUGGUGGUUCAGAAUUCAAAACAAGACAUUUUGUCCAGCCGCUACAUAGAGACGGUAUAUGGAAGCUUGACAGCUUACUGGUGUUCGAGGACAUGUGCACUAGAAUAUUUGAAUUUUACCUUCUGAAAAAACGCAGCUGAUUUUGUAAGUUAGAAAAGAAUUUCGUUGAGCUUAUAGAUGAGCUAAACUUGAGUUUCAUGAUAAUUGGUUUGUUGAUUCAUUAGCAAA